CUCUCCUCCCUAUCCCCUUCUCUCCUCCCCCCUCUCUGUCCUGCCCCUUCCCUCAUUAGCAUCUCAGCCCAUCCCAGCCCUGUGGCUUGGAGCUCCUGCUCUGAGGGUCACCAGUGUAAGUGUCCCCAAGUGCCUAACCAUGGUGUUUAAAGUACUCUGAGAAAAGACGGGGAUGUCUGUCAUAAUCUGGGAGCAGCAACUUUGGAAAGGUAUGAAAGACCGUGUGUAGAAGAAAAUGCCUUUGAAGCACUGGAAAAAGACUUCCAAGAAGUCAUCAGUGAACUUACGGGAGAUAAAAGUCUGGAGAAAUUCCGGAUAGAAUAUGAGAAGCUCCACACAGUUAUGAAGAAAUCCUACGAAAAUGAAAGGCGUCUCAUGUCAAAAUGCAGGGAGCUGAAUGCUGAGAUUGUGGUGAAUUCGGCUAAAGUGGCUGCAGCCCUGAAGCUCUCUCAAGAUGAUCAGACGACAAUAGCAUCACUGAAGAGGGAGAUUGAAAAGGCCUGGAAAAUGGUGGAUGCAGCCUAUGACAAGGAGCAGAAAGCAAAGGAAACCAUUCUCUCACUGAAAGAGGAAAUUAUGAACCUGACUAAAUUAGUGGAGCAAGGAUCUGGAUUAUCACUGGGUCAAGAGCACAAUAUCCGGGAUUUGCUGAAGUUUAAGGAAGAAGUAACAAAGGAACGAGACCAGCUCUUGUCAGAGGUUGUGAAGUUACGUGAAAAUCUAAUCCAAGCUACAGAGCAACAGCAAGAAACAGAGAGGGCAAAAAAUGAGGCAGAACAAAGCAUUGAUCAGUUCCAGCAGGAAAUCCAGAUGCGUCAGAAUGAGGCAUCCCGGGAGUCUCGAAAGAAGGACAAACUGGAGAAGGAGCUUAAACACAUUCAAGUGGAAAUGGACAACAAGCAGAGUGAAAUAAAGGCGCUGCAGCAGCAUGUGCUGAAGAACAAAGAGGAGCUCCUAAAACUGGAACAGCAGCUCAAGGAACAGAAGAUCCUGAAUGAAAGAGCUGCCAAAGAACUUGAGCAAUUUCAGACGAGAAACUCUAAACUCCAGCAAGAGAACGAGCAGCACAGCAUGGCCUUUGAACAAAUAACACAGGAGAACCAGCAGAAAACAGUGGAGCUGAAAAUGAGGGAGGAUGAGGUGACUCAGAUGCGUCAUGAAAUUUCAAAACUCUCCAAGAUAAGAGAAGUUAUCCAGAGAAAACUGCGUGUUGCAGAGGAACAAAAAGUUGAAGCAGAAUACCAGAGGGAUACCCUAAGAAACCAAAUCUCUGGACUAGAGAGAGAGUUGGAGAUUGUUAAAAAGCAGGUAGAAAUUGAUAAGAAAGCCAUAGAUGAGCUGGUGAGAGAAAGGGACAUAUUAAACAAGAACUUGCUUAAGGCUGCCAGUGUCACUCAAAAGCAGCUGAACCUGGUAAAGCUCCAUGAACAGUCCAAGAGGAACUUGGAAGAAGAAAUUCAGAACUAUAAGGAUGAGGCUCAGAAGCAGAGGAAGAUCAUCUACCAGCUGGAAAAAGAGAGAGACCGUUAUAUCAAUGAAGCUAGUGAACUCACCCAGAAGGUCCUCCAGCACAUGGAAGAUAUCAAAGUGCGGGAAAUGCAGAUCUUUGACUACAAGAAGAAGAUAGCAGAGGCUGAGACUAAAUUAAAACAGCAACAAAAUCUGUAUGAAGCCGUGAGAUCAGACAGGAACCUAUACAGUAAAAAUCUGAUUGAAGCUCAGGAUGAGAUCACGGAAAUGAAGAAAAAACUGAAGAUCAUGACUCAUCAGGUUGAUCAGCUUAAAGAAGAGAUCACAGCCAAAGAGGCAGCUCUUGUGAAAGUACAUAUGGAACAUCAACGAAUAGAAAAGGAAAAGGAGUCUCUGAAGGCUGAGCUGCUUAAGAUGAAACAACAAGCCCUGGAGACCAAACACUUUAUUGAAAAACAGGAAGCAGAAGAGAGAAAACUCCUGAAAAUUAUUGCUGAGGCUGAUGCCGAGAGGCUGAGGCAGAAGAAGGAAUUAGACCAGGUUAUCAGCGAGAGAGACAUCCUGGGGUCGCAGCUUGUUCGGCGCAAUGAUGAAUUAGCUCUGCUUUAUGAAAAGAUCAAAAUCCAGCAGUCUAUCCUAAACAAGGGAGAGACUCAAUACCGGCAGAGAAUGGAAGACAUUCGACUCCUCAAGCUGGAGAUCAAGAAACUUCGGCGGGAGAAGGGAAUACUUUGCAAGAGCGUGGCUAAUGUGGAGGAACUCAGGCAGGAGGUUUAUCACAUGCAGAAGGAGCUACUGAAGGAACGAACUCGAUGCAGAGCCCUAGAGGAGGAGCUGGAGAACCCCAUGAAUGUUCACAGAUGGAGAAAAUUGGAGGCCAGUGACCCGAGUACCUAUGAAUUGAUACAGAAGAUACACACGCUACAGAAACGGCUCAUCAGUAAGACAGAAGAAGUGGUUGAGAAAGAAUUGCUUCUUCAGCAACAACUGAAGACCAGGACUGGGGAAUUAGGAUCUGCAAGAUUGGGAGCACCUUGGACAUCCACACCUUGCUGGCUUGGACUGCAUCAUAUUGGCCCAAAUCCUCAGCUGGAAAAGGAAAAGCUGUAUGUAGAGCUGAAGCACAUCUUGGCCCGGCAGCCUGGGCCUGAAGCGGCAGAACAGUUGCAGCUCUACCGACACACCCUCCGAGAGAAGACCAAGCAACUGAAAGUUUUGUCUUCAGAACUGAACAUGUAUGAGUCACAGAGUCAAGAGUACAAGUAUGAAAUAGAGAGACUGGGCAAUGAGCUCCUGAAUGUGAAGAAGAAAUACCUAACGCAGAAACGCAAGGAGCAACAGACCAAGGAUAAGGAGCGAGUGUUGGCUAACUUGGAGCAGGAGUAUCCAACGCAGAGAAUGGACGUUCCCCGUUUCACUGGGGGAGGCUUUGCUCUCACCAAGCAGCCGCCCAAGGUUAUGGCCUAAACUGGAGUCAUCUCAUCAUGUCCCACUUUUCUUGCUGAACUAAAUUCGUUCUUGGGUGUUUUAGAGAAUGGUUUUAGAGUAACUCAUAUCAAAUGUUCUUUUUGGUAUUACUGCAUUGUUUUCAUAAAAUAAGCUUAUUCUAGAGUGGCCAGUGCUGUAAUUUACAUACUAUGGGCUAAAUUCUGCCCUUGAUGGCACCAGCAUUACCACAUGUCCAUGGAGCUGCACAGCUGGGACAUAUGCUAAUAUUUCUUCCUUGUUACUGUGACUUUUUAUUUAGAAUUGUUACACCCAAAAUACUUUAAUAUGCACAACUAUAUACCCUCUAUCUACCUUCACCCCAAGCACAUAUUCCGUUUAUCCAUCAAUUUAAAUCUACUAGUAGGAAGGAGAAAAACAGAAAAGAAGGAAAAAGGAAUAACAAGAAGCUCCAUGUCCUAUUUUAAGCAAAUGCAGAGUUGAAACUCUUUGCUCAGAUGUUCACAUGAGACGGGUUUUUUUGUGCAGGAGUAAUAUCAUUUGGUUUAUUCAAUAUUUGCUACAGCCAUUAUUAAGAUCAAGGGAGUUUCUGGCCACAGUAGACCGACCCGUUGUCCAUUGUUAAGGGAUGCAAUUCUGCAUACUGGAUGUGGAUACUAAGUGACUAAUUAUGUCUGUUCAAAUAAGCAGUCUAUCUACUCUGUCUCGAACCUGCCAUCCUCUAUACAUUGUUUCUUCUGAAUCUGAACUCAAAACAUGGCAAACUUUGCACUUUAAUUUCUGUUAGGAGAAAGAUCCUGAAACAUUUUUGUAACUUUAAAAAAUUGUUUUUGCAACACAGCGUGAGCCCUCCAACCUUUUCGGCCAAAAGAGAUUUAAUUACCAUUAAUUACCAAGUGAUACGACAAAAUCACUGCGAGAGGUGCUGAAGUAUAGAAAACUCACAAGCUGUAAAAUAAAAUGUUUUGGAACUGAUUUCUAUAUGGAAUGCUCCCUCCUGGCCUAGGGGAUGAAAAACUAGUCCAAAGAGAUAUGCUGAUAAAUAUUUAAUACAAAAAAAAACCCCUUUGCAGAGAUUUUGAUCUUUGCUUUGGUGGAAUACAUAAUUAAAUAUUAAAGCCACUGUGGGAAACUUUUAAUAGAAGUGUUUAAUUCAGGGGAAUCAAGUUAAAUACAACAGGGAUCUACUUUGCUGUUACAUCAGAGACCAGAACACCGA